UAAAAUUUUGGGACUCGUUGGUUUUAGAUGACGAUUGUUGGAAGAAUGAUUGUUACCUUAUUACGAUUGAGAGACAGAAAAAUAGCAAAUCAGACAGAGUGAGUAAUUAACAAACAAACAUUAAUAUUUUGCAUGUACUCACAUCCACACUAGUUAGUGAUAAAAACCAAGAUGUAGCAUAUGUAUAAGCAGCAAAUGCAUAUGCUUAUCUUUAACAAACGAUCCUUUUCCGGUUUUUCCCCAUAACAAACUCAUGGCUUCUCCAAUUACCAAAUGCUUUCAACUUUUUGUACCACAUUAUACACUCAUCAAAACCCCCUCUUUUACCAAAUCCAACAAUCAUCCUAAUAUGUCACCAGUUAAGCCAUUACUUAUAACUGCACAUUCUUUCUCUCUCACCAAUUCAUCCCUCCAACACACAACAAACAACAACCUUAUUAAUUUCAACCACAAAACCACUAAGCUUCGAAUCAAAGCUCUUGUCCAAAACAUCAAAUCAUUAUCUUCCUUCAAAAACAAACCCGACAAGAUUCUACAAAAAGAUGCUCAGUUUCAAAUUCAAACCAUUUCAGAUUUCAAUCACCUUCUCAUGGCUCUACUCAUUUCAAAAGAGUUCAACCUUUGUCUCAUCAUGUUCACAAAGUUAUCAUCUUUUCAACUUGUUCCAGAUUGCUGCACAUAUUCCAUCAUCAUAAGAUGCCACUGUGAGAAAAACGACGUGGAAGAAGCAAAAGGAGUGCUUUUUACUGUUCUUGAAAAUGGGUUGCAACCAGAUUCUGCGACCAUAACCGUUCUCAUAAAUUCCCUUUGCAAAAGGGGGAAAGUGAAGAAAGCUAUGGAGGUUUUUGAAUUCAUGAGGAGAAAGGGUUUGAAACUUGGUGUUCAACCAUAUAAUUGUUUGUUGAAAGGGUUGUCUUAUAUAGGAAGAGUUGAUGAAGCAAUUGAGAUUUUGAUGGGUAUGAAGAAAAGAACCAAUUUGGAUUUGGGUGUUGAUGUUUAUUCUUAUAAUGCUGUUAUGGAUGGUUUAUGCAAAGUGGGUCGUUCUGAUGAAUCAAUGGGAUUGUUCAAUGAAGCUAUUGAAAUUGGAUUGGUACCUAAUGUUGUUACCUUCAACACACUGAUUCAAGGGUAUUCUAGGGAAGGGAGACCAAUGGAGUGUCUUGGUGUUUUGAAGAUGAUGAAGAAACAUGAUUGUGUUCCUGAUUGUAUUAGCUAUAGUACUGUUUUACAUGGGUUGUUAAAGUGGAAUGAAAUUGUAGCAGCAUUUGGGGUUUAUAAGGAAAUGGUUGGGAUUGGAUUUGAAGUUGAUUUGAGGAUGAUGGGGACUUUGGUGAGACGUUUGUGUAAGAGGUCAUUGAAGGAAAAAGGUUUGAUUCAUGAUGCAGAUGAAGUGUUUGAGAAAAUGAAAGACAGGGGUUUGGUGGUUGAUAAGAGGACAGUUGAGGUGAUGGUUCAGGCAUAUUGUUGGAGGGAUAAGUUUGAUGAGGCUUUGGCAAAUUUGAAUGAUAUGGUUAGAUGGGGUUAUUCUCUUGAGGCAAUUGAAUUUGAGAAAGUGAUUGAAGGUUUUUGUGGUCAGGGUAGAGUGGAUGAUGCAUUAUCAAGUUUGCUCCUUUUGCAUGCAAAUGGAGGAAUUGUUGAUAGAGUUUGUUAUGAGGUAUUGGUUAAUGAACUUAAUGCACGUGGGAGAGUUUUUUGUGCUUCCUUUUUGUUUGGUGUUGCAUUGAAGCAAGGUGUUGUUCUUGUUCCUAACAAAGAGCCUAUGCCAUGUGAAUAUUAUGAAGGGAGAGGAACUGCAAGUUAGUAAAGUUACGAGUAAGCUUGAUGAUGCUGAAAUGGAUAUUGAGUUGCUAGUGGAUAUAAGGAAUUUCAUGUUAAGGGUGCUAAGUUGUGGGAACAGGAGAAAUCAAAGGAGAUAAGUCAUGACAUGAUAGGAGGCUAGUUGGGAUUUUAAUCUUAGGGUCAUCCAUGUAGCCGAAAAUGGAUUCUCUAUAGUAACUGCCUCACGACAGUUCAAUCUAAAUCAAUGGUCUAAAUUGUUAAAAACAAAUUUAAGGAAAAGUGUAAUCUAAACAGUUGGAUCUCAAA